UUAAAUCGCGGGACUCCCUACAACUCUGCAGCUAUGGCACCUUUGUAGCUAUGUUAGAUAACACACCAUCCAGCCGUUUCUGUUCAAGUUUUACUGCACCGAGUCUUGCGCCAUGGAGCCUGGAGCGGGACGAGCCGAUGGGAUCCUCCACGCGUUUUGGAGACCGAGAAUGUGUGUGUGAAAUCGGACGGACUGGGGUCAGUCAUGGAGCCUGAGCUGAACUGCAGCUCCCAGUGCGAUUCCCCACUCUGCUUCAUCCACUCAGGAGUCAACAGACAGGAGGGCCUCGACGUUCUGCUCAGACUAUGUGGUCUCAGCACGGUGGCAGUGGAGCUCCCAAGGCGGACUCUGUCCCCAGUGUUGAGUGCUGUGGUGUGGACGCUGCUCUCCUGUGGCAUCCUGCUGGCUUUCUGCUUCCUCCUCUUCACCCUGCGCUUCAAAAACAACAGGAUAGUGAAGAUGUCCAGUCCCAACCUGAAUGUCCUGACUCUCUUUGGAAGCGUCCUCACCUACAGCAGUGGCUUCCUAUUUGCCGUUGAUGAACGAGCCCACUCGCAAGGUGGAGCGUCUACAGCUGUGCUACAAGCCCGGAUGUGGACUCUCUGCGUUGGCAGUACCCUGGUGUUUGGCCCAAUUCUGGGGAAGACGUGGAGGCUGUACAGAGUGUUCACCCAGCGAGUGCCCGACAAGAGAGUGAUAAUCCGAGACAUCCAGCUGAUGGGCAUAGUGGCUCUGCUGAUCCUGGUGGACAUGCUGCUUCUCACCGUCUGGAACCUCACAGACCCCAUCAGGUGUUCACGGUCUGUCGCUGCCGCUGUCAAGGUGGUGGAGAGAGACAUUUCCUACUCUUUGACUCAGCUGGACACCUGUUCCUCUCUGUACUCAGAUCUGUGGGUGAUCAUCAUUGCUGUUCAGAAGGGUUGUCUUCUCCUCUAUGGGACUUACCUAGCUGGGCUAACCAGCAAUGUCAGCCACCCUCCAGUUAACCAGUCUCCCACCAUUAUAACAGUCGUCACUUUGGUCACCCUCUCCUCCGCUGUGGCCAUUCCUGUGUCCAUCUUUCUGCAGGCCUGGCCCAACCUGGUCUACAGCACUGUGGCUGGAGCCAUUUUCAUCUGCACACUGGCUACCAACUGCAUGCUGUUUGUGCCUCAGCUGACCCAGUGGCAGCAGUUUGAAGAAGAUCAGAACAAUCCCAGUCAGAUGGCCAAGUAUUUCAGCAGCCCCAGUAAGAGCCAGCCCUCGGUGUACAGCCAGGAUGAGAUCUACUACCUGCUGGGGGAGAACAACUCCAUGAAAAAACUCCUUAAUGAGAAGAACGCUGUGAUCGACAGUCUGCAGGAGCAGGUGAGCAACGCCAAGGAUAAACUCCUGCGGCUCAUGUCAGCCAGCCAGCCACCAGAGGACCAGGACAUGGACUCCUCCAACACCAACCUCAACUCGUCCUCCACUCAGACCACAGAGCUACAGUCUGAUGGCCCGUCUUCUUCUUCUCUACCUCAGAGAGACACUGAAUCCCGACUCUCGCCGCAACAUGUCUCCCCUCACCAUGGUGCUGCUGCAGUUUCAUCAUCUGCUGUUACACCAUUCUCUGAGCCUUCUGCUGCUCCAACCUCUCCAAACCCUGUUGCUGCUUCCUCUCCUCUCCCCAGUGAUAGCUAUGCAGGUGAAAGCCAGAGCGCUGUCUGUACCACUGGCCCUACAGGCAGAGACACGGCUGAUUUCAGAACAGAGGAGGAUCUCAAACAGUCCUUGUCCCUCCAGUCCCCUGGCUUACUCAGAACAGCAGAAGAGACAGUUCACUUUGUCACCUCCCUACAGUCCUGCAGAGGGUUAAACCCGUCUCAGGUUGAAACUUUCACCAGUCAGAGAGGCCUAACAUCCCAUCUGGGACCAAGUGUCAGACCAAAGGGUUUUGUUAGUAGCGAGCAGUUGCAGGAGAUCCUCCAAGAGCUGAGUGUGGAUGCAGUCAUGGAAACCACGCGAUCUCCCAGUCUGACGUCCAGACCGCUGUCUCAGCUAAAAUUUCCAGAAGCCUCCGCGCUUUCCCCUCUGUCCCUGCGAACACCACUCUCCCCUAAUCCACCCCUUCUCUUCCGCUACCCCAGCAUCUCCCCUUACGCGAUGAGGAAGCGUCGGCCACCCUUUCACUCCCCCAGAAGAGGUUUGGCCUGCUUCUACACAGGUUCAGAGGUUGCUGGCUGUGGGAGGAGAAGGGACAACUGUGUGCACCAAAAUCCUGGCAAGCACCCUGAUGGGGCCACUGUGGAUGGCACCAUCCUUCAGGCUCAUAACCCUGACCUCGAGCUGGAGGAGGAGGAGGAUGUGGAAGGGAAUGAAGUUAUAAGAAAAUGUCGGAGGUGUGUUUCAAGGACCCACAGAUGUUCAGUCUUGCCCUGUGCUGAACGAAAUCACAUAGCUCCACCUGAUGUGGAAGCGGGUGGUGACAAUGAGCAGCACCAUAGACACAUUAGAGACUCCUGUGGGUCCUGGGACUCUGACUCCAGCAGCUCAACGGACUACUGUUACUACCACCGUCCCUACUGUGACUCGUGCCUGCAGCGAGGCACUCUCCUGUCCUCAGACAGCUCCUCAGACUCCUCAGACAGCGAGUACGAAGGCUACACGAGCCUCUACCGCUCCCCACAUCCUGUGGUAUUCAAAGAAGACAUCAAACCCACCUUUGUAUGAGCACACGUUUACUGCACUUUACAUGUUCAUCCAUUUCCACCACAUGCACUCAUGUCCCAAGAAACGUUGCAGAAAAUUAGCUUUAAGGAUACUCAUGACACUAUUAGACGUCAGAUCAAAUAUAAAAUGCUGUCCCCUUUUUGAUAUGACUUACGACAUCAUUUGUAUAUUUCUGCUCUCAAAUGGAAACACUCCAAAAAUGUCUAAGUCUGACAUUUAGAGUAACAAAUAGAAAAAUCAGAGAGCAAAAUGAAAGGCUUUUACAGAACAGUUAAAAUGUGCACUGUAUUGUGCAAAUGCUGUAUUUAUUUUGAUAUUUAUUAGUCGAUGUUUUGGUGUACAAAAUUACAUUCUGUCUCAUUUUGACUGUUUUACACUGUCGAACACAUUCCUCAAAAUGUUACUCUUACAUGUAAUUGUAUGUCUGCAUUUUGUUGUUCCACUUUUGCUUUAAUUUUUAAAUCUCCUGCAUUGUCUGAACAUUGUUGUCAGAUGCUUCCAGUCUGUAGCUGGUUUACGAGACUCCACGCCCACACUGUCAAGCAAUUUAUGAAAGCAGGUCACUGUUGUCACUUUUAUGAUGAGGUUUUGUUUUUUACACAUUUUUUUUCUACAGCAUUAUUAUCCUGGUUUGUUAAAAGCAUUUAAUGUGCAAAGGUCACAUUUAUCUGGGUGUAUCGCUCAUGUGUGUGAGAAACAGAGUGCCCUGCUGCCCUUUGAUUUUCUAGCCCUCACAACACCAAACUCCACACCAUUUCAUGUUCGUUCUGCAUCUUCUCUUGUCGUAAAUUGCAGAGGAAAGUGGAUCCGGAGCAUAAACAGCCUAACAGAGAGUGCAUAAGUUUGAUGUAGGUCUGGAUUAACCUGCUACGGAGCCACGGGGAACAUGUGAGCCCCUAUUAAGCCCCUGCACUCACAUCCUGCAGCUCAUUUUGCCCAGAGUCCCACAAACUAACCAAUAUGUCUAUGCUUGCACACCACCCUGCCCCAGGUUUUAUCUGUAUGGCAGUUUGCAGUUUGUUCAGCAUGUAAGCAUAAUGCUAACUGAAAUAUUAAAAGUAGAUUUUGACACAAAACUCCUUUGCAAGACAAAUCCUCAAGUUUAGGUAAUGAAGUCACCUUCAGUUCUUUCAGUUUUUAAAUGUACAUCAGUGGUGCUUAAUGCACUAUAAUUCAUCAAAGUACCACAAAGUAUUUUCUACACAGACAGCAUAUAACCUUUGGACGGCGCAGCUGCCCGCUCCUGCCCAGCUGGUAAUCCAGCCUUGACUUGAUGUUAAAUACAGUAAUAAACCUGACCUUCGUUUGCUUUUCCGUGAUAAAAGCGACAUCUUCUCAGGAUUAGAAUAUUUGCAAGCCUCUGCAUCAUGUGACCUUAUUCAUGACCAAGAAUAGAUGAGAGAGUUGAGUAGAUUCAGGAGUUUUCAUGACAUUGCUGCAACACAGACAAAAACAGUGUGCACUCUCCCUCUCAUUUUUAUAUCUCUCUUGGUCUCUCCCUCUCCUUCCCUCCCACUAUCUCCACUCUGUCUCUCUAUAUUUCUUUCUUCCACUAAUGGGAAAAUGUGUGUUUGCCGGGGGAGGUGUUGCUAUAUGAAGGGAAAAACAGUGUCUCACAUUGCUUAUGCUCUGCUGCCUGUUUUUGAGACGGUACUGCUCUCUAUUCCACAUAUGGACCACUGAAGGGCAGCCUGGGAGAAAUUCCCUUUGAUAUAGACCACAACAGAGUAUAAAUAAACCACACAAAAGACAGAAUACCAGCAUCCCUGUGCUGGAGGAAAGACUCUCCUGCCAAGCUCAGACGAGUGACCUGCAUUCUGCUCAAAAUGAGGAAUACUGACAUAUUGAGGAAUUUUGGAAUAAAAAUAGCUGUCAAUCAAUCACACAUGCAUUUCUAAUUCAAAAUUACACACUAGUCCAUGUACAUCCUUGAACAUUUAUUACAAAAUGAAUAAUAGUGGGAGAUUAGUUCUGAUAUGCCCCACCUCAAGUGCCUUA